CGGGUCGCCAGCCUCGGGGAAAUGGCGGCCUUGGGGUCCCCGGUGCGCACGUUGCGGGGCCUCCUGCGGGAGCUGCGCUACCUGAGCGCUGCCACUGGACGACCCUACCGUGACACCGCGGCCUACCGGUACCUGACCAAGGCCUUCCGCGCACACCGGGUCACCAGCGAGAAGUUAUGCAGAGCCCAGCAAGAACUCCACUUCCAAGCUGCCACCUAUCUCUGCCUACUGCGCAGCGUCCGGCAGCAUGUGGCCUUGCACCAGGAAUUCCACGGCAAGGGGGAGCGCUCAGUGGAGGAGUUGGCUGGCUUAGUGGGUCUGCAGUUGCCCCGUCAGCCCGGAGGCAAGGGCUGGGAACCGUGAAAAUGGAGAGACUGCCAGGACACUGCCCUCACCAGAAUUUCAUAAUGCCAGCCAAUGUCUAUUUAUCAUUAAACUAAAGUUCUAAAGUUUGA